AUGACCGAUCGGGCUGCGUUCACCCUCAGCCUGGAGGAUCUGACAAACGUGGCAUCCUCAAAUGGUCAGAUAUCGGAACAUAUCUACAAGCAGCGGAUGAAUAGAUCGAACGAAACUUUGGACUACUCGCGACCUUCGUCGUUGGAGAUCGAUUCCAGGCAGACCAUCACCAAGCCGCCAAAUGCAAAGCUCCCUCAUGUGAGUGAUGUGGCGGACGGCCAAGCAUCUCUACGGCACCCUUUCCCCCAUCUAUAUCAUUCCUCCAGUACCUCCAGGUCACCUUCCACCCGAACCUCAUCCAGUUCGCUCCAAGCGUUGAAUGAAGAUAUAGUGGUCGAUGCCCGGUCGGAUAAUGGUCUGUUUGGCCGAAACUCCACCUCUCGCAGAGUGUCGCAGAUGGGGCAAUCAGAUACCUUCUCUACCGAUUAUCCCGUCUACCCUGAUCAAUCCUACGCCGUCCUACAAUCUCAGAUCCACCCCACCUAUCAGCCCCCAUUUCUACGAACCCGAAGUUCAUACCCAACUGAAACCGCCUCCCGGCAAGGUCCAGCCCGCGUCUCUCGCACGGCGGGCAACACCCCCCUCUCUAGCCCGGGGUUAUUCUCGGUCAAAACUCCCCACGUCGGCCCUUCCUCCGAGUCUGAUGACGAGGGCCACGCCAGCUUCCCUCACCUGCAUCCAACACAUCUUCAGCCUCCGAAAGAAACACAUACGGCCGAGGUGGAUCGAGAUCUUAUAACCGGAAAUAAGCUUAUCAACCAGUACGAAAUUCUCGAGGAGCUCGGGCGUGGCGAACAUGGAAAAGUAAAGCUUGGUCGCCAUCUAGCAACCCGGCAGAAGGUCGCGAUCAAGAUCGUCCAACGAUACUCAAAAAGGCGCCGCUUAGGGAGAUUGGGAAAUGCUGAAGAUAAAGUCAAGAGGGAGGUUGCCAUCUUGAAGAAAGCCCGCCACCCGAAUGUGGUAAGUCUGCUGGAAGUCAUCGAUGAUCCGAACCGCCAGAAGGUUUAUAUAGUGCUCGAAUAUGUUGAGAACGGUGAAAUCAUCUGGCGGCGGAGGGGCCUCCGGGAAAUUGUCUACGUGGACAAGCUCCGGCUGGAGCGAGAGAAGUCGGGUCUCGAUGACACCCCGGCGUUUUUGGAAGAGAGCCAACAGUAUAUCAAAACUGCUCAACGCCUUCGACGGCAGCGAGAGAGGGCGCGCGAGCGCCGUCAAGCGCAGGCGGAGUAUGCGCAGCAGGGUCCCAUCCCUGCUUGGAGCUUGGAACACGGGGCCGAGUCAGACGACGAACUGGGCCCCGAGCUAACAAUUGCUCGAACGUCGAGUCGCUGUGUUCCGAGUUUCGAUGAGAACCAUUCUUCCCCUAGUCACUCUCUGGCCUCAGCCCAGGAGGCGGCUUUGGCCGCGGUAGAGGGCACCAUGUACGGGGCUUAUGCCGAUAAUCCCUUCGAACGACGAUUUAGCACCGCCUCGAGCAGCUUUGGAUACGCCCCUUCCGAACCGGAGUGGCGUCCAGAUGAGGACGACAUGUCCUACGUUCCCUGUCUCACCAUCAACGAAGCACGUACCGCAUUCCGGGAUUCACUGUUGGGUCUCGAGUACCUGCAUUACCAAGGCAUCAUCCAUCGUGACAUUAAACCGGCGAAUCUACUAGUUACAAGCAAUUUCCGAGUAAAGAUUUCAGAUUUUGGGGUGUCCUAUCUGGGACGACCGAUUCGAGAUGAAGACGAAGAGCAAAUCGAGGAGACAGAUGCGACAGAGUUGGAUGAUGCUCGAGAACUGUCAAAAACAGUUGGCACGCCGGCAUUUUACGCACCUGAACUGUGUUACACCGGAGACGAAUUUGUGGAUAGCCUGGGCGGUGCACCACGUAUCACCGGUGCGAUCGAUGUCUGGUCUCUCGGAGUCACCCUUUACGGGAUGAUCUUUGGUCGACUGCCCUUCAUUUCGGAUGACGAAUAUAGCAUGUUCCAAACCAUUGUGAAGAAAGAGGUCUUCAUCCCGCGGAAGCGUUUAAAGCCCGUUCAGAUGGAUAGCGGUAAUGUUGGACAGUGGCCUCACUCUGCAGGCCCUGACAAGCGGCUGGAGGACGAGCUGGCCUAUGAGGAGGUUGAUGAUGAGUUAUGGGACUUGCUGAAACGGCUACUGACGAAAGACCCGGUCAAACGUAUCACGGUGAAAGAGAUUAAGCACCAUCCUUGGGUUCUCUAUGGCUUGCCCAACCCCAGGGCAUGGGUGGAAGAGACUGAUCCCGGUUACCAAAGCAAGGGCAAGAAGAUUGAGGUAUCUAACGAAGAAGUCACGACCGCUGUUAGCAAAGUGCCGUUUAUCCAACGUGUGCGGUCCAACGUUGCACGGUGGUCAAACUACCUCACGGGAAGGUCAAAAGACCGCGACAGCCGUAAACGGACAUCUAGUACGGCUCGCAGCAACGCGUUUGGGAAGCAUCUCUGGGAAGGCCGCCGACUCAGUCUUCGCGGGGACGAAGAUUUCUUUCCGCGGUCUGGCCGACAUGCCAGAGACGGUGAACACCCGCUAUCGCAAAGUGUAACCGUGAGUCCGACUGGAGAGGAAAGGCAUUCGUCAUCGUCGUAUUUUCAGGAUCCCCGGGGUGGCUCCCUCUCGUCAUUUGAUCGAACUCCUCGCCCUGAUCACCCGGAACGUGCCGUAUCUACCUUGUCAACUGCCGAGUCCGCAAAAACGGUCAGGCCAUCUGACCCUGCCAAACACUUUACUGGCCCACUCCGUCCUGUUACACCGGCCCUAUCCGAUCCCUCGGGAACGACACAUCUCGGGGGCUUUUUCAGUGGCGCGAGUCGUCGACUGGCUAGAGGUCUCCAGCCAGGAGAAUGGCGAUCUGAUAGACCCGCCUCUGGCGAGACUGCGUCUCUAGACGGAGACCGCCACUCAGAACCUAGCCUAGCCUUGAGCGUUGCCUCUGCCGUUGGUCAGAUGCAGCAGUCGACUUUGCUCCCGAAUGAUAAAUCCUCCGCGCGAGUCGAGAGCCCAGUCCCCACUCCAGGACACCGACGUAGUCGAUCGCAUCAGCUGAGGGGCAAACUUUCCACUGAGCCGCUCAGUCUUACAAAGGAGGCCUUGCUACGAACCAAGAAUUCUGACCCCACCGUCCACAGUGGACAUACAAAUCCUUAUUCCGAAAACGAGUCGUACCCUUCAGACGAUCUUGCCCAAGGGGCAGAGCAGAUUCGUCCGGACCCGGAGUGCACAGCAGCUUCAAGUACCUCCGCGGACCCCUCCAAAAGUGGGCUGACUACAUCCCCUCCAUCAGCUGCAACCAUGUCUUCAUCCUCCGUGGAUGACUACACCAGCGGCAUGUCUCAGAGCACAUCGCAUCCCAGCAUUCCGUCCGUGAUUUCGGGAGCUUCGUCUCUAUCUGGAGAAGGGAAUGGCCCGGACGACUGUGACACGGCUCAAGUUCCUCCACUCCUUCGCACCGGCGAAACAGUGAAAGCCAGGCGACCGAGCCCAUCGCGACCGCCAGAAGACGACGAGUCCCGCUAUUACUGUGAUGACGAGGAAGAAAGUGGCGAUGAUUCAGAUGAGGGUCUCGUCAUUGGUCAAAAGAAACCAGUUUCCCAAAAGCCCGCCAUUCGUAUGGGUACCGGACCAAAAUAG